AAGAAAACAUGGCUUCCGAGAAGAUGAAGCGAGUCAGUACACUUAUGAAUUGUUUGAGCAUGGAUAUACUGGAACAGCUUGGUAUGAAACUAAAUCCCAGACAUCCAAUGAAAGAUUUCAGAUUUCUUGCUGGGAAAAUGAAUUAUAACUACGAAAGCGUGAGGAAUUUUGAGCGACAAAAGAACCCGACGGUGUCCCUGUUGUACGAAUGGUGGAUGUCUUCGGAAAGAAAUGGAGAAGUCAAAACAGUUACACAUCUGAUUGAACUUCUAAAAAGCAUGGGAAGAGACGAUGCUGUUAACAUUCUCAGACCCGUCGAAUUUACAGAGUUAUCACAGUAUCCAAGCGGAAAAGAUUACCAGCCCACGCAUGUCACUCUCCCUCCUGAAGCACCUUUUCCUAUUGGUGGUAACUUAUUUGGAGCAUAUUCCACUGGAGAUUUGAAAGAAACACGCCCACCUCAAGAGAAUGAAUACCUGUACAAUAACAAUUUAACACCACCCAGGCCAGCAUAUUGUGUUGGGGAUGAUGGCAGAUCUCGUCCUUACCAAGAAAUCAUUGCAAAUGUUCAGCACACAAUGUUCUCUGAUUAUGGAUCCCCUUUAGCUUUGGAACCAAGACCACAAGUCCGCCAUCCUGCAACAGAUCGACAAAAUGGAUCUGACCUUCAAGAUGGAAAUGUUGUGUUAGAGCCAAGUUCAAUGAGACAACCAAGUACUGCUCCAGAAAGUCCACCACGACCAGUGGUAUCAGACAAAGUUGCUCUUGUCAUUGGAAACCAGCAGUAUGAGUGUGGGAAACUAAAAGGGCUGUUCUAUGCUGAAAAAGAUGCAUACGAUGUGGCACAAGUCCUUUUCACUCUUGGAUUUAAGGUUGUGGCUUUGGUGAAUCUUUCACUGAGUGAGAUGAGGAUUGCAGUUCUUUCAUUUUGCAGACUCUUAGGCAAGGGUGUUUAUGGAGUACUCUACUAUGCUGGUCAUGGAUAUGAGGAUGGGGGAGAAAACUUUCUUCUUCCAGUUGAUGCAAAUCUGAAGUAUAAUCGUCAAGACAGUCUGCGUGCUCAGGAGAUUCUUGAAACCAUGCAAGCAUGUGAUACAGCCUUAAACUUGUUGAUCAUUGAUUCUUGUCGAAUACGGUUACCAAAGAAAACUGGCACUGUUCACUAUUGCAAAAGAGGACCAAAAGGAAAUAAUAUUUUUGCAUAUUCAUGUUGUUCCCAACAGGAGGCAUAUGAAGAGCCAAACCAGCCAAAUGGCCUGUAUGCGACACAUUUACUGAGACAUAUCAGAAGAAAUGAGCGAAUUGAGCUCAUACUUAUGGAUGUCGCUCGCGAUGUUAGCCGUGCAAGUAGCAGAAAUCUGAUCCAGAGACCAUGCCAUGAGAGUGAUGCAGUAGCAGACUGUCGACUCACUGAUCCUAUUGUACCAGAUUUGCUGCCAGAGGAGUUUGGGGAACGAAUGAAACUCUGGAAUCAGGCUCAUUAUCUUCCAGAUGAAAUCCCACCAAUUGACCAAGAUGGACUGGUCAUAUCAUUUGAAUGCAGACCUGUGUUUUCAAAUGUUAUGGAAAUUAAGAUAUCUGCUCAUAAUACAAAUACUGCUCCACUACAAGAAGUUGUGAUGGAUCUACAAGUACCCACGCCUGUCAUGAGCAAAGUUCGCCUUCUCUCUGGUGAAUUCCUGGGUGAAAAUGGAGGAGUUUUAGAACAAGUAGUACAGUUGUCUAGACUACAAAAGUUACUGGAUCCUCUAGUGGUGACAUUUAAAAUGUAUUACCGAAUGGGAAACGAAGUGCGUGACUGGGAAAAGACAGUUCGCCUUGGCUGCCCGCUGGUCUCGUCCGUGUUUGUUCAAUGGGACUGGUGGAUAACAUGCGGCAGAUUGCCUGGAGUGAAAUGUACCCAGGUUUAAAUUUUCACGCGGUUUUCACAUCACGUGUCUCGAAGGCUACCUGACAUUCAGGUCACAUGACAAGCUGGAUGUGAGGUUGGAUCUGUCGCUGAAAUGGGUCCCUUCGCCAAAGAAAUCUGAAGAAGUUACCUCUUGGUAGAAAAGCAGGGACCGAGAACCUUGAUGAAAAUCAUCAAUCACGGCGGGUGGGGGGAAAGAGAGGGUAUACGGUGACAACAGUCUUAACUGGACAUGUAAAGAUGAUUAGGUUUCCGUGGAAAAACUGUUCAGUAUGUACUCGACAAAAAGCGUUGCCGUGACUCAAGAAGAAACUAGCCAACAGCAAACCAAACUGUAUUUUACUGCGAGAAAACCUAAGUGUCAUCGCCUACCAGAAAUCCGAUUGUUGAUUUUGUAUACCAGUCAAAACGUUUCCAGUCGAGUUUCUUAUCGCUUACCGGAGACCUGAUCGUUGAUUUUGCAUUCCAGUAAAGAUUAUUCUACCAUUUCCUCCUCGUUUCACUUUUGCCUACCGAAACAUAAAAGGUUUCUGAUUUUCCAAAGUUUGAUGUUAAACGAAGACCAAGAAUGAUUUUGCUCUGCAAAAGAAAGACCCUUUUCGCCAUUCGCUUUUGCAAUAAAAUUAAUGAUGACUAUGUCAUCGCUAUUUUGGCCAUUUGGUUAUGCUGUAACAAAAUGCAGCUCAGGGAGCCACGCCAAGGUGGUUAAAUGGCUUUUAGAAGCCGUAAAGUGUGACAGCUGCAAGCUUUAUUCUAGAAGAAGGCUCAGUGGGCCCGUUCAGGUUUUGUUGGGCCCUUUCUCGUGAUAGGGGCCUAAAAAAGGGGGCUACCCAAAGAGGUCUUCAAAUUCGCCUCAAGAGUCUUUUCAGUGAGGAAACAAAGAAGAGAUAAGCAAUUGAGACAUGAAGAGGCUAUGAGGUUUGAAAAGAAUUUAAAUAUGAGCUGUUAUAUUAAUCCUGAUGUAAGUUAUAUUUUUGAACAGAUAAUUUAAAAAAGUACCCGGAAAGAGCCUUUUUCUUGGACGCAACCGUUUGCGUCUUACUGGCCCAUAAACGCAAAUUUUAUGCGGUAAUCUUCCUCAAAGCCGCGCACUAGAAUAAACCCUGCAGCCGUGGGAGCUUACUAGCACUUUAUGGUGUGUUUCCCAGAUAUUGUGUUGUUGAGUAAGAAUUGUUCAGAGCCUUUUAAAUUUCUUUUAUUUUCCAUUUGAAUUGCAGUUGUCACUAAAUAACUAUCAAAAUAUUGAGAUGCGGCCUGAUGCGAUAUACUGUUUUUCGUACGAAGUUCUGAGUGUGGAAAGAUUGCCUUAGUUUUAUAAGGAAGAUUUUUAAAAUGUUUGAAAGUUAUACGCGAUUUAAUAAAUCCUGCGUGAUGCAGAUUUGAACAUUGUAUGGAAAAAUUCUGGAGAUGAGAUCUUUUUGUACCAUUUCUAAUCUUGUAAAAAACAUAUCUUGAGAUUCAAUAAA